AUGAGAUUCUUCAUCAUCCUUCUUUUGGCUUUCUUGGCUGUCACUGCUCUUGGUAAGUCAAUGUUACAUUAGAAGUCACAAAAAAGAUACUUUUGUUAUACUCUUGCUUGAAUAAUACAGUAUACACAAUAAUCCUUUAGGAGCAGCCCACCACGGUAAGAAGCCAGUUCACAAGAAGCCAGCCCACCAUCCCCCAGCGCACAAAGCCCCAGCUCACAAAGCUCCAGCUCACAAAGCCCCAGCCGAAGCCGGUACUAAAGCUCCAUCUGGAACUGGUGCCACUUCAGCUGCCAAGACUACUGGUGCUGCUGCGGCUGCUACUACCGCCAAGGCUUCUUAA